AUGAGGAUUCAGCUUACUAAGGAAAGUGGGAUCGAUCUGAUGAGCAUACCACCAGUUAGACUAGGAGAAAAAGAAGAAGUAACCUAUGAAACAGCCACGACUGCCGUGAAGAAAGCUUUACGCUUAAAUCGUGCAGUUCAAGCUAGUGAUGGCCAUUGGCCAGCUGAAAACGCCGGCCCAAUGUUUUUCACUCCUCCACUGAUUAUUGUGUUGUAUAUCAGUGGAGCAAUUAAUACUAUCCUCACAUCAGAACACAGAAAGGAGAUGGUUCGCUACAUUUACAACCACCAGAACGAUGAUGGUGGAUGGGGAUUUUACAUUGAAGGUCAUAGUACGAUGAUUGGCUCUGCACUUAGUUACAUAGCUCUACGUUUGCUGGGAGAAGGGCCUGACGAUGGUAAUGGUGCGAUUGCUAGAGCCCGCAAAUGGAUCCUUGAUCAUGGAGGUGCAACCGGAAUUCCCUCAUGGGGAAAGACCUAUCUUUCGGUCCUUGGAGUGUAUGAUUGGGAUGGUUGCAACCCAUUACCACCAGAAUUCUGGCUUUUCCCUUCAUUUUUACCAUAUCAUCCAGCCAAGAUGUGGUGUUAUUGUCGUACUACAUACAUGCCUAUGUCAUAUUUGUAUGGGAGAAAAUAUCAUGGGCCACUCACCGAUCUUGUUUUAUCGUUGAGAAACGAGAUUCACGUCAAGCCAUAUAAUAAGAUAGACUGGAAUAAAGCACGUCAUGACUGUUGUAAGGAAGAUUUGUACUAUCCUCAUAGCUUCAUACAGGAUUUUCUCUGGGAUACUCUCAACUACUGUACCGAGCCAGUAAUGAGACGUUGGCCACUGAAUAAGAUUAGACAGCGAGCCAUGGAUAAGACAAUCAAAUACAUGCGUUACGGCGCAGAAGAGAGCAGAUACAUUACCAUCGGAUGUGUAGAAAAGAGUCUACAAAUGAUGUGUUGGUGGGCACAUGAUCCAAAUGGUGACGAAUUUAAGCAUCACCUCGCAAGAGUUCCCGAUUACUUGUGGCUUGCCGAAGAUGGAAUGAAAAUGCAGAGUUUUGGUAGUCAAAACUGGGAUAGUGCUCUUGCCACUCAAGCCGUUAUUGCAACUGGUAUGGUUGAGGAAUAUGGGGAUUGCCUUAAGAAGGCUCACUUCUAUGUGAAAGAAUCUCAGAUAAAAGAAAAUCCUGCGGGAGACUUCAAAAGUAUGUAUCGUCACUUUACUAAAGGUUCGUGGACUUUCUCCGAUCAAGAUCAGGGGUGGGUCGUAUCAGACUGCACAGCCGAAGCCCUUAAAUGUCUCCUUUUACUCUCACAAAUGCCCACAGAAAUUGCUGGAGAAAAAGCUGAUGUUGAGCGCUUGUACGAGGCUGUGAAUGUCCUCCUAUAUCUGCAAAGUCCUGAAAGUGGUGGAUUUGCUAUUUGGGAGCCCCCAGUUCCACAGCCAUAUUUGCAGAUGUUGAAUCCUUCAGAACUUUUUGCAGACAUAGUAGUCGAAUCAGAGCACGUUGAAUGCACUGCUUCAAUAGUCCAGGCUCUUUUGGCAUUCAAGCGUCUACAUCCAGGUCACAGGGAGAAGGAAAUUGAAAUUUCCGUCGCAAAAGCAAUACCCUUUCUUGAAGGAAGACAAUGGCCCGAUGGUUCAUGGUAUGGCUAUUGGGGGAUUUGCUUUCUGUAUGGAACAUUUUUUGUGCUUGGAGGAAUGUCUGCUGCAGGGAAGACUUAUGAAAACUCUGAAGCAGUUCGUAAAGGUGUCAACUUUUUCCUAUCAACACAAAAUGAAGAAGGUGGAUGGGGAGAAUGCCUUGAAUCAUGUCCAAGCAUGAAAUACACACCUUUGGAAGGAAAUAGAACAAAUUUGGUACAAACAUCGUGGGCCAUGCUAGGUCUUAUGUAUGGUGGACAGGCGGAGAGGGAUCCAACACCUUUACAUAAAGCAGCAAAGUUGUUGAUUAAUGCCCAAAUGGAUGAUGGAGAUUUCCCUCAACAGGAAAUUACUGGAGUAUACAUGAAGAAUUGCAUGUUACAUUAUGCACAAUACAGGAACAUUUUCCCAUUGUGGGCACUCGGAGAAUAUCGUAAACAUAUGAUUGCAAAGAUGGACAUUUGGAACCCAAGAAGGUCUUGA